AUGACCGCGGAGGAGUUUUCUGGGACCACAUCAUACACAAUCUCCACUGGCCACGAUCAUAGCCUUCAUAUUAUUCUAGAAGGAAUAAAAAAAACGUUUAAGAUAAAAUGUAUCAUCCCACUGCAUUGCCGGUGGGCCAUAGAUGAUGUGAACCUAGUUAAACCAAUUACCCAGAAUGUUUGCAAAAUAAGAAUUCAGGUUAGUCUGACUGCAUACAGGUUGCCACCAUCAACGUUUGCCUUCUAUGAUGACAACAGUUUGUCUAUAAUUUUCACAACAUACAUUUCACAUUUCAAAAGAACAACAAGAAUGAUGGUGUUAUCUUCUCAGAAGCCUUUAUAUGUAACAACAACAUGCAUCAAGGUGGUGAAUGAUAUAAUUGAAAAAUUACUACCAAUGAUAAAAAUGCCUAACAGUGAAGAUUACCAACUGUGGUUCUGUCCUGGCCAUGAGGAAGCUCUAUGAGCACUCCAAGGCUAUGAGUAUCUACAUGAAAUUAGUAUGAUUAACCUUCAAAAUACCUUCAGUAGAACGAACUCAAGAACUUUCACAGCUUUUCUAGCCUUACCUGGGCUGUUUGUGAAAGACCUAAAUUCAGAUGCACUAGAGCAAUUCAUCUUAAAGCCCCGAGACUCAACUAGGAGCCAGCAGCAGAGUCCUCCACCUUACUUCAAACCACUCUUUACAUCCUGUUUACCCAGGGGCUCUGGGCCCCACCAUGAGGAUGUUUGCACUGGCCCAACUCUAAAUAGAGGAAAACUGUUUGGCCAAGAGUUGACUUCAAUCUGUCAAGAAGGAAAGUGGCCUACCAAAAUUCCGGACAUGCUGUCUCUAAUAAAAGAGAAAGGCUCAACAACAGAGGGUGUAUUUAUGACACCUCCAAAUGAAACAUCAUGGAAAUCACUGAAGGAACAACUUGAUUCUGGGCUACAGGUGGAUAUAAAAAAACACUCUGUGCAUGAAGUGGCUUGGAUUUUCAAGGAAUUUCUUGGAUCUAUUAAAGGAAGUCUGCUGACUUAUAAAUUAUAUGACCAGUGGCUUGCUGUAUCACAAAUGGUCAAUGGCAAAGAGAAAUUAGCAGCAGUGCAGAGUCUUUUAGAAAAAUUUCUGUAACCUAAUGCUGCUCUUCUGGGACAACUUUUCAGGAUCUUACACAAAAUUGUGAGCAAUUCUUCUGUUAAUAAAAUGCCAUCAUACAUUUUAUCUGCUGGUAUAGCACCAUAUAUCUUAUGCCUUCCUAGCUACCACAAUGCUGUACUGGAAAAUGAUAUUACUAAAAAGUUUUCUCUGGUAAUGUUUAUGAUCGAAAACUCUCCAAAAAUUUUUGGCAGAGAUUUGAUUUCAGUUUGGUAUGAAAAAUCACUUUUUCAUCCACAAGAAGCAAAGGCCUCAUGUUCCCAGAAUACUCCAUCAAACACCAGGAACAUAAAGGAAACAGAACAUGGACUCAGCAGCUGCCCCAGUGGGAGGGCAUGCACCCCUGGCCAUUAUACUCUACCUAUACAUCCAGCUGAUCCUCUUCAUUAUGAGGGCAUUGCAGGUGUAUAUAGAUGUUCUACUACCAUUACUUACAAGUUAGGAUCAUUUAGCAUUGAAAUUGUAUUAUAA